GCGCACCUGAGUUUUCGUACAACAGGAAUAUACCUAAAAUCGGUCCUCAAAUCUUUGUUUUCGUCGUUGUAUUUUAGAGGCCGAAAAGUGUCAAACCAAAGUUAACGCGGCAACCUGGCAGAAUGGUCGACCGCUGUUAAUGGGGACUGUUGAGUGCAAGACUACGGUACCCGGCAAAUACACUCGUCGUAUUUCAUUUCCUCUCCCAGCUUUGCAACAAAUCUUCGUCCUCCUGGAAGCCGGAAGCCGAUUUACGCUCCGUCCCAACAGCAGAUAUUCCGCAGAUCCGGUCGCUGACUGGCUUCGUCGCAAGCCAAUCGGACCUUCAUGGGGCUGAGACCGUUGAGAUGAGCAGUCGCCGCAAUCUGGUGCGCUUGGCUGCCGAGAGUGCGAGUGCGCACCCGUCCCGUAUAUUCCGGCGCAGCCAUGGCUCCAGACCGGGCCGGGCCGCAAUGCGGCCGCAGAUCCGUGCCGUCGCCAAGCCAUGUUCGGCUUCCCGGGCCAUAGACACCUCCCUUGCUCACCCCUUCCGACCCUUCCACAGCACUUCCCUCUGCUCUCAGAACCCAAGACGAACCAGCCAACCCUUCCACCUCACCUCUCCUCACGCGCCUCGAGUGCAUCCGCACUCCUCCGCUGUUGAGUCAGCCACCCCGCUCCCCGAGCAGUUCCGCUCCCUCAUGCGGCUCGUGUCACACUCGGUCGUGGUGUGCACCUCGACGCUUCCCGCCGGCGGCGAAUCCGGCAACUCCUCCUCCUCAAAAACAACGGCAACCCGCCGGCCCACGCCGCGGGCCAUGACCAUGUCAUCCUUUACCUCGCUCUCCCUGCUCCCCACCCCCGUGGUGAGCUUCAACAUUGCCACGCCGAGCCGGACCUACGACGCCGUGGCCGCCAGCCGGCGCUUCAACGUGCACCUCCUGGCAGACGAUGUCUCUGGGGCGGCGAUAGCGGACUGGCUAGCCCGGGGCAACGCGAGCGGGCGGGACGUGUUUGACAAGCUCGCGGCCGAGUGCGGGUGCGGGGUCGAUAUGGGGGAGACUGGGGACGGAAAGGAACCGCCUGUCUUGAAGGGCGACGGGGUCCUCUACGUCUUACGCUGCAAGCUGCUGGAUCAGCCGGCCAGCGGGCUCGUCAGGGUGCGGGAUCAUGUAAUUGUACUCGGGGAGGUUAUGGAGAUACUCGAAGGGAGGGGCGCAGCAGAGGAGAAGGAAGAAAGGUUUGGGCUGCUGUAUGCGGAUAGAAUGUACAGGCAAUUGGGGAAUUGUAUUAUAACGGGCGAGGGGUAAUAGAGGGUGUGAUUUGGAUAAGAUCCGUCCAAAGGCGCACAUCUGUGCUGCUGGGUAGAUAUUUGCCGUCAUAUGGCGAAGGCGUUGAUGGGGAUCUGAGUAAACAGGCAUGUACAAUACAACACAC